AUGGCGGAGCGUCCAGCAGCAGGAGGAGGAGGAGAGGUCAGCCUGCAGGACGUCCUGAGAGGACGGACCGAUGGAGCUCAGAGGACGAAGAGCAGCUCCAACAUGAUCCGAGUCUUCAUCAGCUCCACGUUCACAGAUAUGAGCAGUGAGAGGAAAGCUCUGCUGGAGAGAGCUUACCCAGAAGUCCUGGCGUUCUGCCGCAGCCUGGGGCUGGUGUUUGAGGUGGUGGAUCUGCGUUGGGGAAUCCGAAGCGACCCGUCCGGAGACCACGAGGCCUCUGAGAUCUUCCUGCAGGAGAUCGAUCGCUGUCAGAAGAUUUCAGCCGGUCCACAUUUCAUCGCUCUGCUGGGGAACCGGUACGGCCCCAGAACUCUUCCUCGCCGCGUCCCGGAGAAACAGUUUGAAGUCCUUUUGUCCAAACUGUCCAAAAACCCCGAAGGCGUCCAGCUGCUGAGUCGCUGGUUCCUAAAGGACAACAAUGCGGUCCCGCCCACCUACGUGCUGCAGCCAAUCACGGCUCACUUCCCCCACUACGCCGACCUCCGACCUGAGAGCGGCCCGCAGCGGGACAAGAACCUCCUCUCCUGGCGCCUCACAGAGACCAAACUGUGUCAGCUCCUACGCUCCGCCGCCACGGACGCCGAGGCCGCCGGUGACCUCACCGCCGAGCAGAAACAAAGAUUCUUCACAUCAGUCACAGAGCAGGAGUUCGACCACGGUUUGUGGAAAACCGGCGGCGAGGCUUCGGCUCUGCUCUUCGUGCGAGAGAUUCCCCGCCAGAGGGUGAGGGACGGGCCCAAACGCCUCGCCAAGUUCAUGGACCUGACCGCCGGCGGCGUGCUGGACGCAGAAGCUCAGGGGCUCCUCGCCGGCCUCAAGUCCCGCCUCUACUCCACGCUGCAGAAGAUCCUCAACCUGCACUGCGUGGAGCUCACCAAAGGCGGCAUCGACCCCAAACGCAAAGAGCACGCUCAGUACCUGGACGGCGUCUGCGAGCAGUUCGUCUCGCAGAUGAAGGCGCGGAUCGAAGCGGCGUUGGAUCCUCCGGCGGCGGCGAAUAGGAGGAAGGUUCGGGGACGAAUUGAUGAAGAGAAAGAGGAAAUGUCGGAGCGGCUGGUGGAGGAGGUGGGACUGCACGCCGCCAUGAGCAGCGAGCUGUGCAGAGGUCUGUACGGCAGGGAGGGGCUUCUGGGAAAACUCUGCUGCGCCAUGUGGGAGUCCACCAACGUGCGCCACGGCCCGCUGGUCGUGCACGGCGGCGCCGGCAUGGGGAAGACGGCUCUGCUGUGCAAACUGGCGCAGGAGAUGCGGAGCGUCUUGGAGGCCCGCGGGGCGGCGGUGGUGAUCAGGCUGCUGGCGGCUCGCCAUCCUCAGAGACCCGACAUCGACCACGUGCUCCGCAGCGUCUGCCUGCAGGUCUGUCUGGCGUGCGGUUUGGCGCCACCCUCGCCGCUGACGGCCAACACUCACCUGGAGCUGCUGCGCUUCUUCGGGAACGUCCUCGCAGAGGUGUCCCAGCACGGGAACACGCUGCUGAUCAUCCUGGACGCUCUGGACCAGCUGUCGGACCGACAUCACGCCCACAAGCUGCGCUGGCUGCCCGCCGACCUCCCGCCCAACGUCCACCUGGUCAUCUCCAUGGAUACCAACAGCGAGGCGUUCGCCAACAUGCGUCUGAAGCUGAAGGCGUUGGGGAGUUUCUUCGAAGCGGAGCGUUUGUCUCGUGACGACGGGAAGCAGCUGAUGGAGUCGUUCCUGCGAGCGUCUCAGAGGUCUUUGACUCCGGAGCAGGUCGAAGCGGCGCUGCAGAGCUUCGACGCGUCCGGCUGCCCGCUGCACCUCAAACUCAUCCUGUCCGCCGCCAAACGCUGGACGUCCUUCACGUCGCUCGCAGAGACACGACUGGGCGCCAACGCACAGGAAGUGAUGUCACAGCUCUUCCUGAAGCUGGAGGAGAAACACGGGAAAGAGCUGGUGGGCGGAGCUUUAGGAUACAUCGCUCUGGCCAGGGAGGGGCUGCUGGAGGCGGAGCUGCGUGAUGUCAUGUCCCUGGAUGAUGACAUCAUCAGUGAGGUGUACAGGUACUCGCUCCCUCCGACGCCCUCGCUGAUCCGGCUGCCCCCCCUCCUCUGGGCUCGCCUCAGACGGGACCUCGAGGACCAGCUGGAGGAGCGCUGGACGGGCGGGGUCGCCGCCGUCGCCCUCAACAACCGGAGUCUGUACGAGGCGGUCUCAGCUCGGUAUCUGACGUCAGAGCGGCGGGGGCGGAGCCUCAGGAUCCUGGCGGAGUACUUCCUGGGUCGGUGGUCGGGGAAACUGAAGCCGGCGUCGCUGCCGGGGCUGACGCUGCUGCUGUCCGACAGGAAGGUCCCGCCCCAGCCGCUGUGGUUCGCUCCAGGAUUGGCCAACGUCAGGAAGCUGCAGGAGCUGCCGUAUCACCUGCUGCACGCCGGGCUGUGGGACGACCUGCGGCAGGAAGUCAUCGGCAGCGCUGAGUGGCUGUACUGUAAGAGUCGGGUCUGUGGGGUGUCCAGUGUGAUCCAGGACCUGGACCAGUGCUCCCAGUACAUGGACUGUAUAGAGACCAGACUGGUCCGAGACACUCUGGUCCUCAUCAAACCCAGUCUGGACUUCCUGGACGGCCACAUGGACACGUCUCUGUUUUACACGGAGCUGUUGGCGAGACUCUGCUCCCUGGCCACGCCCUUCCCCUCUGUGAUUGGCCGGCUGUGCAGCCAGUGUGAGGAGUGGUUACUGGCGUGUCCCGAGCCCGUCCUCAUCCCCAAGAGCAGCUUCCUGCAGCAGCCAGGGGGGGCGCUGCAGCACACACUCACCGGCCUGCAGGGAGGUGUGCUCUGUGUGGACAUCAGCGUGGAGGCGGAGCUUCUGGUUGCAGGUUGUGAUGACGGCGUGGUGGCGGUCUGGAGCCUCACCGACCAGCAGCUGGUACACUCACUGCUGGGACACACGGGUGCGGUUCUGUCCGUCAGAGUGAUUGACAGCUCCGCCCACUGCCUCUCAUUGGCUGCUGACGGCUCUCUGAGGAGGUGGAGCCUGACGGACGGCCAACAGCUGCUCGUCAUCCUGGAGGCGGUGCCUGUUGACUCCGCCCCCUCCACAGUACACCUCCACCUGUCUGAUCAGCUGAUCUUUGUUUACACCAGGACACAGGUGAAGGUGUGGAAGGCUGACGGAGCAGAGCUCUUCAGCAGCAGUAGUGGUGAUGAAGCUGAAGGUUCGGUGGUUCUGGGAGUUCUGGGAGAAUCUGUAGUUUCUCUGUGUGACUCGACUCGACUCAGAAUAUUUAAUCCUGGUAAAAAGACUCAACCUGUGGAGACUCAGCUGGAGAACUCCAAGAGACGUUUGACUCCUGUCAAAUGUGUCACGUUACCGAAACGAGGGAAAGUGUUUGUGGCUUCUAAAGAAGGAUUCCUCCAUCAGAUUUCCCGGUCGGGCCGACAGACGGCGGUGGAGUUUCCUCUGGUUCCGUCUUUACUUUCAGUCACUGAAGAUGAAAAAAUCCUGAUAGCAGGAAGUGAUCUGACUCUGAGCCUCUUCCACGUGGACAGAGACUCUGUGGACGGAUUCCUCGACCUCCAACACGACGACAUCGUGUUGUCGGCGUGCGUCUCCUCAGACGGCAGACUGCUCGCCUCCGGAGCGGCCGACCAACUCGUACGGAUCUGGUCUGUGACCACCGGUUCUCUGUUAGACGCUCUCUGUGGUUCAGACGCCGCCGUCACGUCCGUCCGUCUCUAUAGCGGCUUCGUGGUUUCUGCCUCGGCGGCGGCGUCCGGCGUCCGUCUGUGGAACCUGAAAUACGACACGCGCCACAAACCGACGGCCCACGUCCCGGCGGGCUGCGCCCACGCCGCCGUCACCAAGGACGCCGACAGAGUUUUCUACGUCCGACAGCAGAACCAGACGGAGGUCAUCAGCUGGAACAACAACACGGGUUGCCUGUCGGAGCGUCUGGCGGUCUCAGCGGAGGUGUGCUGUCUGGAGCUGGCUCAGCAGAAGCGUCUGCUGCUGUGCGGUCUGACGAGCGGCACGGUGCUCAUCUACCCGCUGGCGCUGCCGCAGGAGACGCUGUGCAUCCCGCCGCCGGAGAGCCUCUGCAGGGCGCUCUGCAUCGCCGUCAGCUCCCAGGAGAAACACGUGGCGGUGGCCUACGAGGACUCCGUGUGUUUGUUCGAGAUCUCCAACAGGGACAGCUUCCCCACGGUGGAGGGGCCCCUGCAGAGGGCCCCCCUGUCCCUGCUGCACGCCCCGCUGUCCUGCAUGGCGCUGCUGCCCGACCGCCGCCUGCUCUACGGGACCAGCUGCGGCGAGGUCAAGCUGCACGACUUCAGCGGCGCCGGCAGCUGCAGCCUGGAGCCUCACCGCAGCAGAGUCACCUGCGUUACCGCCAGCAACUGGGGGGGCCACGCCCUGGUGGGCUCCGAGGACGCCGUCCAGAGGCUGUGGGCCCUGAACCCGCCGGUCCUGGACCACACCAUGGAGUACAAGGGUUUCUUCUUCGAGGGUGUUCUCUGCGCUGCGUUCUCUGAGAGCGAUCAGUUCGUCUUCACCGGAUCUCAGGACAGAACCGUCAAAGUCUGGGACGUCGCUACAGGGGCCCUGCUCUACGUCCAGUACGUCUACGCCCCGGUGGUCCGGAUGCUGAGCUACAGGAACGGCUUCGUGGCGUUGUCGCAGCAGGGGCCCGUCAUCAGGGAGCUGCUCCGCUGCCCCGACCACGUCAGUCCGGACUACAACCCCCUGAGGAACGUCAGGGGCCAGUACCGGGUCACCUCCCGCCAGAGGAAGGACCAGGAGGGCCAAACGGGCCCCGGGUCAGACCUGCAGGACUUCAACCCGGCCCAGUUCAACCUGAACCUGAUGAGCAUGCUGAGGGCCAAACCCUCCUCCACCUGCUGCAUCCUGUAGGACAGAGGGGCUCAGAACUGGGCCUCCA